CAAUGCCCCUGCAACAGCCAAGUUACAGCUCUUAUAACGGUUUGUAGUGGCAUGCUUUUGCCUUGGAGGUGUGCCAGGCCUUGCUGGACAAUCAAUGGGAGAUAGCAGUAAUCUGAAGCACGAAGGCCAGCCUUGCCUCCUGCCAAAAAAAAAAAAAAAGUAAAGCGCAAAACUCUUUAGCUGAUCUGAGCCAAAUAUACAAUCAAAGAUAUGCAUACCUAGUGGGAAACGCAGAAGUAAUGGUUAUUUGGUUUAAUUAAAAUGUAUAAUCUACUUUCCUGUUCCAAAAGCAGUCCUCAAUAUCCCCAUAAUAUACUCCAAUAUGGGGUAGCCAUAUUCCCCCCCCCAAUUUGUUCAUGAAAGAGACAAAUCUAAGGUGUCAAACUCAAUUCUCUAUGGAAGUUCUAAACAGGUGUCUAAGGUUUCCUAAUGCAAAGCAGAAUUUAUUAAUUAUCCCUCUAUUUGCUGAUAUGUUUAUACUCACAGCUUACUUUAAGAACAACAUAAAGGGCAUUAAAAGGUAAAAGAUCUAAAAAUGCUGCAUAAAAAUAAUUCAAUAGGACCAGUUCAAGAAAGGACACAGACAUGGAAAAUAAAAUUACCUGGUGUGGUGAAAGUAUCAGAGUGGGUGCUGUGUAAGCCUCUCUGGGACAGCAUUCCAAGGCUGUGUGCUGCCACUGAUGGCAGGCUAGUCACAGCACUUAAUAAGUCCAGAAUCCAAAUGUUUUGCUAGUGCAAGGAGUUUUAGCUGUGUGAUAGAACUCCCCUACGCUCUCAUUUCUGCUUGUGGGUCCUGGGGAUUUUAGGGGGUGGGUCAUGGAAAGAAGAGAAGAUGGGAAGGUUCUACUGUACAAAUAAAACUUAUCAUGCUAGCGGAAUUGUUGGUUAACACUUCAGUCUUAGCGUUGGCUGCCCUUACACAAAAUCCACUACAAAAAGCUAGUCCAUUUCUACCAGGUGUGCAGUGAAAUUAACCCAUUCACAAAGGCUACUUUUUAAGUUUGGAAAACUUGUGCCAGAAGUCCUGCUCCAGCUAUCUCCCUCCCUUAUCAUUCCAUCAUUACAACAUUACAACACCACCUCUCCUUUCAGAAAGGGAGCAGUUUGGGGAGUGGGAUAAACAUAGGGUUAUGGAUAUAUAGUGGAUUUAUAUGGACCCAGGUGGCGCUGUGGGUUAAACCACAGAGUCUAGGGCUUGCUGAUCAGAAGGUCGCCGGUUCGAAUCCCUGCAAUGGGGUGAGCUCCCAUUGCUUGGUCCCAGCUCCUGCCCAUCUAGCAGUUCGAAAGCACAUCAAAGUGCAAGUAGAUAAAUAGGGACCGCUCUGGCAGGAAGGUAAACUGCGUUUCUGUGCGCUGUUCUGGUUCGCCAGAAGCAGCUUUGUCAUGCUGGCCACAUGACCCGGAAGCUGUCUGCAAACAAAUGCUGGCUCCCUCGGCCUAUAGAGCGAGAUGAGCACUGCAACCCCAGAGUCGGACACGACUGGACCUGAUGGUCAGGGGCCCCUUUACCUUUAUAGCAGACCUAAGCAAUUGCAUGAAGAAAUGUUACUAACUUGAAGGACAAUAAACUAAACUGGUUUAAAGUCCAUCAGAUCUAACACAUUGUCUCCUGUGCAACAGUUCGAGAACAGGCUAGAACAGUGGUCUUAAACUGGCCCAGACCUGAGAAUGACCUGUGGACCCUUAUCUGCAACCUAGGACCCACUUGCACGUUUUCACUUUUGAUUUAUAAAUAGUGCUAAUAAUGCACAUUAUUAAUCCUUAACUGCUCAUUCACAGAACAAUGUACAUAGUGUUACUUUAGCAUUACUACUAAAUGAACACAAGUGAUUUUCACACUUCAACUUAGCCAAAAGGUCAAAAAGUGAUAGAAAGGCUCAGUCACAAUUUCAGUGAGACUUCUGAGCAUGUUUGUUCUUCAAGAUUUCAUUCCAGGGAGGGGUGAUAUUAGGAAAAACUAAUUUCCUCUAAUUCCCUAUGGCCAAACAAGCUGUUUGUUUGUUUUGUGGGUCACCAUAGUUGAGAAUCCUUGAUCGCAAAGAUAGGUGGCUCCAAAUAGCAGCUCAUAGAGAUGGUAGUUUCACUUGCCAAUUCUGGAUAUUCUUCAUGAACCCAAAUAUAAGACUUUGGCAAUGUAUGUUGCUGAAAUUGCACUUCCAAGCUUGUGUCACAGGAGAGCUCAAUGAAUUGUUUCUGCAACUCAUAUCUUGUGGCACCUUAAAGACUUAACACAUUUUGAAAAAUGGUAUAAGCUUUCAGGCACUUUACUUCAUUGGAUCAUCUGAUUAAGUGGACAAUGGUCCAUGGAAGCUUAUCCCAUAAUAAAUUUGUGAGUCUUUAAGAUGGCACAAAAUAUCUUCCCCUUGAGACCAGCUUUCUAUGACAUCCUGAUCUCCAGAUGUCAGGGUCCAUUUUGACAGUUGUGAACACUGCUAUCCCUUGGGGGGGGGGUGUCAUUAUUUCUUGAUGCUUUUCAAGGUGACAGCUGAGGGACGCUGCCUUCUGAAGAUCAAACCUGAAUGUUCUGAGACCCCAGAUAAGUUAUGCAUUUGGAUACUGCUAUGGCUAAGGCCAGUAUUAUCGUUUUCCCUAAUCCAUUCUGCCUGAUUUUCAUUGUAACCUUGAAACAGUCUUAGCUGAAUUUGCUUAGGCAGAUAAAUAUAUAGCAUUUUUAUGUGUAUUGUUUCUUGUAGAUAUCCAUUUCUCCCAUUUAGGCUUCUUAAGUUGGCCAAAAUAGCAAAUGGAAGCUUGCAUGAAAUUGAGGAUGCAGAGGUGUCGAUACCAGUAACAGUUGGUGAGGUGGGGCAGCGUUGCUCACCAGGCUUCCCAACACUGAGUGUCACUCCCAGUUACCAGGAGUGGGGAGGGUGCAGUGGCAGGGAGCUUGGUGCAGUGUGAGCAUAGUGGCAGGAGCAUCAGAUUGAUUCUGCCACUGCACUUGCCACUGCACUUGCACUAUGCUCCCCACUUUCUCCCCUUCUUGGUUUCGGUAACGGGCAGGGAUGCUUGAUGUUGGGAAGACAGGUGAGCGGUGCUGCUUCUCCUGCAAGGAGAAAACUAGCCCAGCAAGGAGACUACUGGCACAGAACAGUUCUCCAGGAUGUGUUCAUUUUCUCCUUACAGGGAGUUUUUAUAUGCAGGCAAAGACAAAAGUGUUGUUUCCUAUCAUGAAAUGCUGCAGUCCAUUCAUAGAAUCAUAGAAUCGUAGAGUUGGAAGAGACCACAAGGGCCAUCCAGUCCAACCCACUGCCAGCAGGAAACACCAUCAAAGCAUUCUUGACAUAUGCCAUUCUUUCACCUCAGUGUUCUACCACCUCUGUUCACUGCAGGUUUAGCUGACAACUAUUAAUAUUUUCAUACAGUGUCAUGUCAGCAUUUUACAAAGAAUGAGCGGAAAGGUCCCUGCCCCAAGGAGCUUAAAACAGUGGUUCUUGAAGGGUGCGGCACACCACACUGGUGUGAUUGUGAGUGCCUCUCUGGGGUUUCUGCUUUGUUGUUUUUAAUUUGAUUAAUCAUUUGUACUUUAUUGGCUGGGAUUGUGAUUCUGUUUUCUAUUCUCAUUUAUAUCUGAGUAUCUUGGUUGAGGGGUGUGUGUGUGCACGCCCGCGCGCGCGCCCGCGCAGAUAAUAAAUCACUUUGUGUGAAGAAGCGGUGAUCCUGAGAAAUAAAGAAUAAUAGGGAAGGGCAUGUCCCCAUUACUUCUUAAUGUCUGACUCUGAGGGUAUGGCAGACUUGAGAACACAGCAUCCGUAAGAUCGUGGUCUGGAGCUUCUGGGAGAGCGGCUUCGCCGUCUUGCCUUUUCAUCUGGUUUGCCCUUUCUCGCUCGCCGUCGUUGCAUCCUUCACGUGGGGGACGCGCUUGUCCGGGAGGGUAACGUUAUCAAGAUGGCGGCACCCCCAGCCGCGAGCGCCGUGGACGUUCAGGCUCGAUUCGGCCACUCGGUGAAGGGACUGUUGACCGAGAAGGUGACCAGCUGCGGCACGGAUGUCAUAGCCCUCACCAAACAGGUGCUGAAGGGUUCGCGGAGCGCCGAGUUCUUAGGACAAGCUGCCAGAAACAUGGUGAUGCAAGAGGAUGCCAUUCUGCACUCAGAAGAUAGUUUAAGGAAAAUGGCCAUUAUAACUACUCAUCUGCAGUACCAGCAAGAAGCUAUUCAGAAAAAUGUUGAACAGUCUUCAAAUUUGCGCGACCAACUGACUCACCUUCUGAAAUGAAGAGAGACUGUUGCAUGGUGUUAAAGAGCUGAUAGAAACCAAUGAGAGAAUACAUGUCUGAUGACUUAUGGAGACCCUUCCUCUGUUCCUUCUUCACCAAAUGCACUAUGGGACUGAUCUCAUCCCCAAAUAAUCUGCCAGUUUGUAAUGAUGCAAAGUGUACAUUGCUCAAUGUACAAGAUUCUGACCUGCAAAUAGAGGAAACUCUUGGAUUUUUUCCAUCACCAAUGUUGCAGUUAUAAAAUGCUGGCUGUUUUAAUGUACAGUAUUUAAUUGCAGACUGCAAUCCCAUGUGUGCAUCUUUUUAAUGGAUUAAUUUUUCCAAGGAUUUACACUUCUCAUGAUCACAAAUGAAAUAUAUCUUGUUUUGUUUUAGAGUGCUUUAAAGGAUGAAACUCUUCUCUGUUCAGAGCUCAGUCAGAUUACUGGUAAUCAGUAGGCUGAAAUUCCUCAUGUUUCAGGGCUGAGGAAUGCAAUCUUAUGUUAGUUGGAUGAGCACUAGAAAGCUGUUUUAAAAAGCUGUGUAUGGUUAUUCUGUGUAGGGUCAACCAUCACCUAUACUGGCAUUUUGCAUCCCUGAAAAUGAAAAUCUAUCUACUGUAGUUUUACUACUUAAGUAAUUAAAGAAAGAGUUAGAGGACUGGAUUUCCCCCCCUCCCAACUUGGUCUUUGUUUAGUGGGAGCUGAGUGUGCAGAGAUGAAAUUUGACAGCUUUAAAAGACUAAGUCAUCCAUUCCGCAAAUAAAUAAAUCUAUAUACAUCAUUAUAUAUAGCUGCCAAUGGUUUCUAAUUUAAGCUGCAAUUCUGUGAACAUUUAUCUGGGAAUAGUCCCCACUGAACACAUGGAACUUAACUUUUGUAUUAAUAUGCAUGUGAUUAUACUUUAAAUUUAUUUCCCCUUAUUUCUCAAUGCAGUUUUAGCUACCUGAGUGUGAGGUGUGCUGAAACUACUUGAGUGUGUAUAUUUCCUUUGCAGAAAGAGUUUGGAAGAGUUUGGUCCCUUAAGUCUGUACAUCUGCUGUCAGUUUUGGCCUUGGGCUACAUUCCUACACACUCACUGCUGUUAUGGCUCUUGAUUAAGCAGCCUUGACUUCAUUAUGUACGGUAAUAGCCUACAGAACCAGUAAUCUAUUCAGAUAUGCAGCUGCAGAGGUACGUGCAAUAUCUUAUUUGUAUAGUGCUGUGCCUUGAACCAAUUUAAAGCCCAUGGGAAACAGAACUGAUCUAACAUAUGUAUUUAAAAUGUAUUUGCAUUUCCUUUUUAUUUUUGUAUUUUGUUCAGAGAAUGGUACUCAUGCUUCAUUGACAAAUUGCAAAAAGCUGAAGGAGUGAAGUAUUUUGUACACAAAACCAUGCAAUAUAUGUUAAGAUUGCUGUACCUCUUGCUAAAUACAUAUCUCUGGAUAGGAGUGAUGCAGUCACUGUAUUUGUGACAUUCA